AUGGGCUCCUCGCUUCGGACAAUUAUGUGGCGAAGCGUCAAUCCAUCAGAUUACUCGGCGAGCUGCUUAUCAAUCGUGUUCAUCGCUAAUCCUGAAAAGAAUCAAGCCAUUCUGGCAAUCUUAACUCGCAAUCGAGUCAAGCUGCUUGGAUUCCUACAGAAUUUCUGCAAUGAAAGGGACAAAGAUGAUCAAUUCAACGAUGAGAAGGACUACGUGAUGCGGCAAAUCAAUACACUCCCAUCGCACGACCAAACUCGAUCAAUGUCGCCAGGCCGCGAUCUCGCUGCUGAUGUCACGCAAAGGCGUUAUGGAAGAGCACGAGUCGUUGAGGCUGUUUCAAACGAGCUUGUGCGGGUAAUCUUUAUAGAUGAGGGACGACUGCAAUGGGUCAAUCCAAUCUGUUUGGCCGUGAUGCCAGACAAUUUCUACUAUCAUCCUUGGCAAGCAAUGUACAUGUGUCUGGGUGGAGUUUCGCCAAUUGAUUCGUGCAUGACUGAACCAAGACCUCGUUGGACUGAAAAACAUGAUGCGGCUUUUCGUGAAAUCAUUCGAGAGUUUGAACUGUUUAAGGUUGUGGUCAUCAAAAGCACAAAGGAAAGAUUAUUCGCAGAUGUAAAAGAGAAA